UCCAAUAAACAACGAAGGAGAUUUCGAUCUCCCUCCUCAAUCGCUCCGCCUGAAAGGCGAUGCCAGUCUCCCUCACUCGAUUCGGCUGAAGAGGCGAUUCUCCGGUCUUCCUCGCUCACUCCGGUUGAAGAGGCGAUUCCCCGGCCUUCCUCGCUCACUUCGGCUGAAGAGCCAAUUCCUCCAAGUCUUCAUCGCUCACUCCGACUGAAGAGACCAUUCUCGGUCUUCCUCGCGCACUCCGGCUGAAGAGGCGAUUCCCCGGUCUUCCUCGCUCACUCCAGCUGAAAGGUGAUACUCUGAUUUUCUUUACUCGCUCGCUCACUCGCUCCCUCCCUCUCUUCUUCGCUCGCUCGCUCUCUGCUUCCCUCGCUUGCGCUCUCCCUCUCUUGCGUGAGUGAGCUCCGAUUAGGUUUCUUAGGGUUUGUAGUGCGGUCGCCGCCGCCGGCUGCAUGCAGUAGUGAGGUUAUCGAUGGUGAAGAGGAGUGAUGUGAUUAGGAUUGAUUUGCAGCGACGGUGUUGAGCGGAGGAGGGAUGUCGGCGGCGGGAAGAGGAAGGAAGGAGAGUGGAGGUGGUGAUGGAGGAGACAUAGGAAUCGAUAGCCCAAUUGCUUCAAUUUCCGCUUUGUGUGCAGUGGAAUGGUUUACAUGCGGAGUUAUACACAGGAGAAGAGUCCGUUAGUUGCUCAUGAUUUGGGGUAGGUGUGAUUAUUUCCUUUGUAUCCUUGUAACUGGUUUUUAUUUAUGGUUUUAUCAUUUGUGGCAAUGUCUCUGUUUUCGAUAUCCAAAGGCACAAUUUCUAUCAAGAUUAUUUGUUGGGGUAACUUUUGAGAUGUGUAACUAUUGUGAACGUGAUAAGCUGUGCAGGUGGAAGGCAAGGCUGUCGGUGACCUGGGGAGGAUUCCUGAUGGUGCACAGGGGAGGUGAGAAAUAACUCAAGCUCUUGCUGUUCUUAAUAUGUAUCAUGCUGGAUCGAGUAGUAGAAAUGUAGAUGUGAACAUUUUAGGGAGUUCUGAUGACAGGUCUAUUGUUCUUGAGGCAAGUAAACAAACCCACUCUGCCAUUGGCUUCUGGUGAGUUCUCAAUGGCAACUGGGGUUACAAUUGUUGCUGCGUCUUUAAUCACAGAAAGUGACUGCUAAUUCCAUUUCAUUUGACGAUUCGUACUGGUUAACAUGUGGUGAAAUUGGGAUGCAGAGCCUUUACACAUGGGGUGAAAUUUCAGUCCCCUACUCCUUGCUCAUUAGCUUUCUUCUUGGGAGUGCAUACUCUGUUGAAGUAAGCUUACUUUUGCAUUAACCCUUUGCUUCAUUAUUAUAUGAACAAGGUUUAGUUGAAAGCUUAAUCAUUUAAGUUUAGUGUUACAUAUAGCUUCCGUUUAUGAGAUGGAAGAGGCCUGCAUUUCUGGCAGCCAGUUGCAUCUUGAUCGUGAGAGCAGUCGUUGUCCAAUUAGCUUUCUUCAGACGCAUCUUGAUCGUGAGGGCAGUCGUUGUCCAAUUAGCUUUCUUUAGACACAUGCAGGACAUACCUGACCUGGAUGGACACAAGGACUUCAUAAUCCAAUCUUUCACUGUCAAGUUGGGACAAGAAAAAGUAAGGUUUUGGUAGAGAAUCAAUACAAGUAGCAGUGUUUGAUUAUGUCAAAAAAAUUAUCCUGGGAAUGGUUGUUAUACUGUCCGGCUAAUGACUUUCAGAAACACCAUGGCGGCGUGUGCAGUUUGGGUAUUGUCCUGCUUCAAACCCAUCGAGGUGGCGCUUCUCAGCCGCUUGAAUCGUUCUUCCUGCCUUCGUCUUCUUCUCCUUCUUUCCUCGGUAAAUCCACUCUCCUGUCUCUCUGCCCUGCUUUUUUCCUACUCUGUUUUUUCAACCCACAAAUCUAUGUCUAUGGUCACGGGACUGGAUGCUGACGGUCUCUACUGCCAAAUCUUGCUUUCAAUUUUGUUUAUGCUUUGGUUAAUGGCUUCCGGUUCUGUUUUUACUAUGCUAGCUAAUUAAAAAGACGAUAUCUUUCCGUUUUUGGUCAACGCAAGAUCCUAAUCAUGUUUGUAUGUGUGUUCCUCUAUGUUAUUCCAGUUAAUAGCAGACUCCACUUGACUGAAAUUAUUUUGGUCUUCCUUGUUGUGGCUCUGUGCAAACCUUUUUUUUUUAUAAAUAUAAUCAACAUACUUGUGCCUACUGAGUGUUAGAUGAUGAUGCUUGAGAUAUUCCUCUCCUGACACAUGGAAAAUACAGUCGGUACAUAAGAAUUAGUUGUUAAUUCAGCAUAACUGUAUUUUCAAGUGCCUUUAAAGUGAAUUUUCUUGUUUUAUGCAGGUUUGGAUUGCAGAAUAUGGGGUUCAUUGGAAUCGACGAGCUCCGAGAAGAGCAUGGUCAUUCCCAUGAGAGUAGCGCUACUUAAGGGAGUCCUCUUUUUCGUGUAAUCAAGUAAGUCUGACUCUUGAACCUACUUAGAUUUCUUUGAGUGUAUCUAAUUUUAUGAGAUGAUAGGAAAUGAAUUUUCUAAAUAACUCGUUUCCAAAUAAAAGCCUUCCAAGUUCCAGUAUUAUGGUGCUUGUAUUAUUGGCCAAUUGCUCUCUAGGUUCUCGUACUUAUCAUUACUUUACAUUUAGUGGUUGAAGCUACACUUCUUGGUUUGUGUUGCAAGUUGUGACAAAGAAAUGCAUGGUUUUAUGCUGUUAUUAUAGUAGUCUAGAGUGUAUGACAUUUCAGAUUAUCAUGGAUGUGUGGUGGCUUGAAGUUGAGCGUCUAUUGCUCUGAGAUUCAAUGGCAAUUCAGUUUAGCAGUAUUCAGUGGCAAUUCAAUUAUAUAAUUGCUUUUAUCCUGCACUUUUAUUUGUAACCAAACAAAUUGAAUAAUGAAUAUUUAUGUCUCUUUGUAGCAUAUCCCAGUCCAAGGUGCCCGGAAGCUUCUCAGUUUCUGCAGAUAUCUUCACAGGCUAUAAUCCUUAUUUGUAGGUUCCUUAUCCUCUUUGAGGUUUCAUAGUUACAAAGUAAUCAGCCUUUCAGUUUUAUGUAUGAUCCUCUCUUUAUGACCAGAAUGUUGAGCUGGUUGUUGUUAGAAAAUAGGACCAUCAGUUAAUAUCAGAAUAUUUGAAUAGUGACCAGAAUAUCAUAUUUGUAACGAAAGUGUUAUUUCUAAUGAGGCACCUCUCUUUAGUGACGGUGCAUUUGUAAACAAUGAUGAUUUUACAAUCAUAUAAUGACCAGAAUUACAUCAUUUGUAACCAGAGUGUCGUUACUAAUGAAACACCUUUCUUAAGAAUAAAACUUUAGUGACGAU